AUGCAAGGGAUGGCGCAAACCGUCCAGGUGAGUUGCCGCUUCCGCGGUGGCAACGACGAUGGAAGCGCGCUCGGCCUCGAGUUUCCAGGGCCGACGACGGUGGUUCUCCCAAGUAUGAAGGGCACGCAGUUUUCCUUUGACCGCGUCUUUCCCCCCGAGACGACCCAAGAAACCAUCUUUGAACACAUUGGGAUACCGGUCAUUGAAGAGCUCCUGAAUGGCUACAAUUGCACGAUCCUUGCCUAUGGGCAGACAGGAAGCGGCAAGACGCACACAAUUCUCGGCUCCAAGACCGAAAAAGGCAUACUUCCACGCCUCGUACAGCGAACGUUCGAGGCAAUCGCAGCGCGACCGUCGGACGCCGCGACAGAGGUGUCGACGGGCCUCUUUGAAGUCUACCAAGAAAAGCUCCAGGACCUUCUCAACCCCUCGAACGCCCAUCUGCGCAUCCGCGAAGACAAAGAGCGAGGCAUCUGGGUCCAAGGCGCGGCCGACAUCGUGGUGGCGGAUCCGCCGUCAACUCUCCGACUCGUUCAGAAAGGACUGAUGGGGCGCUCCAUGGGGGCACACUUGAUGAACGCCGAGUCGAGUCGCAGCCACUGCAUUUUUGUGCUCACCGUCACCCAGCGCUUUCCGUCGGGCCUCAAGCAAACAGGCAAGCUCUACCUCGUGGACCUCGCUGGGUCGGAGAUGGUGCGCAAGACCGCUGCAUCGGGCAAGCGCCUUGACGAAGCCAAGCACAUCAACAAGUCACUCACAGCGCUUGGACUUGUCAUCAACGCACUCACGGACGGACGGUCCAAGCACAUUCCAUACCGGGACAGCAAACUCACGCGGCUUCUCCAGAACUCGCUGGGGGGCAACGCAAAAACGCACCUCAUUUUGACAUGUUCAAGCAGUGCGACAAACUUGGAAGAGACGCUCUCGACGAUUCGGUUUGGCGCAAGGGCGCAACACGUGACCAACUCGCCGCAAGUCAAUACCGAGCGGACGAUCUCCGAGUACAAGCAACUGCUGCAGACUCUCGAACUCAAAGUUGCCGCUCUGUCGGUCUACGUUGCAUCGCUCGAGAGCAAGACGACCGUGUGUCCGCGCUGCAGCGGCACCAGUACCGCCACCGACCCGCCGCCAUUAGCGAGCGCCAACAGCGACACCAGCCUCCGAUCGACGUGCCAUGUGUGCGCCAGCAGCGAGCCCGAGCUUGUGCUUUGCGACGGCAACUGCGGACGCUUUUGGCACCCCUCUUGUCUUCCGUCGGCCAGCAACAAUCCGCUCGAGUGCAUCUGUCCCGACUGCGCCGACGACGCGUACAGUCUUCAGGACGAGCUCUCGGCGCUCAAACGGGCGCUGCAGAGUAUCAAAGCCGACCGAGACGAGCUUGAGGAGCGUGCCAGUGUUCAAAAGCAAGUGCUGGAUGUUGCCGACCACCACAACAGCUCCCUUCACCGCGCUUUGGAAGAGCGCGUCAUGGGCCAAGAACUGCGCAUUCAAAGCCUUUCCAACCAACUCGAAGCUGCAACCUUGCAGUACACGACCGCCCAGCGAGACUUGGAUGCGCUGCGUCUUUCAGUAACCAAGACGACCGAGGUCAACCGAAAAAAUGCCGACGCGGCCCAAGCCGAAAUCGAUAUCGUGCGGCGCUCGCUGAUGGUGAUGGAAAACGAAAAUGCCGCGUUGAGGGACCAGGCCAACGACCUCGCACUUCGCGCGGCCCAGUCGGAGAAGCGCGCGCGCGAGUGCCACGACCAGCUCGACGCCU